AUGCGCCUGCCGCGGCGCUCGCCGUACUAUGGACAUGUCGGUGACGAGCUCGCAUACGUUCACGAGGGUCUGUAUAGCAACAGGCUUGAUCAGUCGAGCGUAGAGUCUGCUCUAGGCGUUGUGCGCCUCUGGAUGCAUCGUGGAUCGUGUCCACAGGCCGUUGAGUCGACGGCGCUGCUGGUCCAGAGCAUCGUGUCGGACCAAGCGCACGCAUCUGACUAUGCUGCCCGUGCCCUGUAUGCCAUGGCGCUCACGCGCUUUGUCAACUCGGUUGUCGACUCGUUCCAGACAGGCGCAUUUGCUCAGUCUAUUGGCGCGAUUGCUGAGCGCAUUGGCCUGCCGCAAUGGCUCGUGCAAGUGCGCCACUCAGCGACGCAUGAAGACCUUCCGAGCAAGAGUGUAUGUCGAACUGCAUGCGAACGCGCCCUCGCCUGGCUUGAUCAGCACUACUGGAAGCCCACGCUGUACGCACAUGAUGAUACCCUAGAAGACCCAGCUGCGCCGGAUGACACGGCCACGGUGCGAGCGGCUCAACUUGUGUAUGCGUACCGCAAGCACGCCACGGCUGUACUGAGAGACGCGAGCUUGGCUCAGCGUAGUGCUCCACCGCAUCUUCAUGCGCUCUCCGACAUCGAGCAGUGGGUCCGUGACGCAUGCCAACAACAACGCCAGCCGUCCAGUACGGCGGCGAGGCUUGGUCGUGAUGCACAGAACACGGACAAUGAAAUACAGCACCAGGAUGUGGCGCCCAUCUUGACUGUGCUCGUAUCGCAGCUCCUCUUACCAGGCGCCCUCUUUCCGGCCGAUCUGAAGCGACGCAGAACAUGGCACGUCCCAGACGAGGCCGCGCAGGUAUGGGAUCCCCUGCUAUGGCGCAUGCAUCACAUAUCAUCUUUGUUCUUACCGAUGCUGUCUGAUGCACUUGUGCAGGCAUCGACUUCCUUUGGCUCGUAUGUGCGUGGGUGGCUCGAGCACCUGUCCCACUUUGACGUGGGCGUGCCGAGUGACGUGCGACAGGGCGUCUUGCAGCGGCGUUUUGCACCUCACGUCAUGCCAUUGUCUCGCGUGAUUGUGUACAGUGCAUUGAAUGCGUCUCGUUCCGACGAGGACGAUAUGCACCAUCUGGCCAAGACCAUCUAUCAGGCCGACGCCGAUGAAGCCUGGCGUCAGAGUAUCGCCGAGUUGUGCCGCGUGCGAACGAUAUCUACGGAAGGUGUCGAGAUACCCGCUUCUGCGUGUUUAGCCGAGAUGGAGACCCGCGCUGUUGCACCGCUAGAUGUUCCGGCGCAGCCCGCUCAGCUGACGAAUGACGACGAAGACGCGCCUACAGGAUGGCGUCGCGCACCUCGGUCGUACACGCCGACGCCCAUCGGAUGCCUGCAGGGUCAGCGACCGCCCUUACUGCUGCUAAAUCACUCGUAA